CCUGGCUUCUUUUCCCUCCAUUUCCUGCCUCUCUUCUCGUCCCGCGGCAGAGGAAACGGCUCUCUCCGAGGAAGGACAAGGAGGAGAGGUGAAACUGGAAGAAGCAGAUAGGCGAAACAGGUGAAUUUGAAGGAUGUGUCCUCAGAGUAGAAGUCCUCCACGAUCUCGUGUAUUUCGUGGCAGUCAACGGGCUUCUUAUCGUGAUGCACCAUAUAGGAGGGAUUAUCGCAGUUCCAGGGGUCCUCUGUGCAAUAACUGCAAACGACCUGGACAUUUUGCGAGAUACUGUCAAAAUGAAGCAGUCUGCAACAACUGUCAGCUUCCUGGGCAUAUUGCUUCCGAGUGUACCACAACGACCAUGUGCUGGAACUGCCGUGAACCAGGGCACAUGGCCAGCCAGUGCUCAAACGAGCCCCUUUGCCAUGUCUGUGGCAAGACUGGUCAUCUAGCUCGAGUGUGCAACAGCGCAGUUUUCCGACCGGGUGAGGCAAUGAUAUGCAGCAACUGCUACAAGCAAGGGCACUUAGCCGAGGAAUGCACGAACGACAAGGCCUGCAACAAGUGCCGUCAGACUGGACAUUUUGCACGUGAUUGCACAAAUGAACCUGUUUGUAAUUCGUGCAACAUCUCCGGCCAUGUUGCACGGCAGUGCCCAAAAGCUGGGCUGGAUGGUGGUGCUCCAUUGAGGGAUAUACUUUGUCGCUCCUGCAACCAACACGGUCAUACCACCAGGGACUGUGCUGUGUCUAUGAUCUGCCACACCUGUGGUGGUCGCGGCCAUUUGGCAUAUGAGUGUCCUUCAGCCCGCAACUUUGAACGUGGAUUCACCAGAUAUAGGUGAGGAAUCAACUGCUUGAGCUGCUAGAUUACUUCAUUUCUUUUUCUUGUUGCAGUAGGUGUUCUUUGGCUGCUUCUUGGAAGGGUUAUAUCUAAUCAAAGACUGACUAGUUCCAUGUAUCAAUCGAAGCUGUGUAAUUUGUUGACCAUGCAUAUGCAUGUUCAAUCUCUGAGCAUUCCUGUUUGGAGCCCCCAUGUCAUUGCUUCUUUUAUAAGAUGGAAUGUUUUCCAAUCUCCUUUUUACA